UAAUUCUUGGAAUCGUCGUCUGCUCUUGUGAUAUUUGAUGAGAUUUUGUUGUCUUUAUAUGGGUUAUAUUUUGUUUUACAAAUAAGAAAAUAAUGGACUUUGAAAGCCCUGAUGUUGAAAAAGAGUUUCCAGGGCUUUAUGCAUCGGAAUCGGCCAGAAAAAGUAACGAGAGUGAUUUCAGUGAUGAAGGUGGACACGAGAAGCAUUCGAAAAAGGAUCUUCUUGGUGGAAAACGAAAGGACAAAAAGGAUAGAAAGGACAGAGGAUAUGCUACUUUAGAGGGAGAAAGUUCACCAGAUGAAGAUCAAGAAACAAAAAGUCCUUCAAAAUAUAAAAAAACCAAAGCCUUUAAGUUUCCGACAAAGAAGGAAAAGCGUGAAAAGUCUCGAGAGAAAGAUGGAAAAGAGAAAGAUUCGGAUAAAGACAAGAAGAAAAAGGACAAGGACGAAAAGGACGGUGAUAAAGAAAAGCGAAAAGAUAAAGAAAAGUCAAAGCAAAAAAUAAAGGAUCGAAAGAAAGGAAAGCAUGGAGAAGAAUGCUUGGAUAUCGGCGAAGAACAGCCAAUUUUUGGUGUUAGUUUGUAUUUAGCAGUUGAAAGAAGUCGUUGUCAUGAUGGUGUGGAAUUGCCAUUGGUUGUUAGGGAUUGUAUCGAUUUUGUUGAGGAACAUGGAAUGUCUGUUGAAGGAAUUUACAAAGUCCCAGGAGUAAAGUCAAAAGUUCAGAGUUUAAAAAAAAUGUAUAAUCAACGUGAAUGUGUAAAUAUUGCCGAUUUUGAACCAACUGUUGCUGCUAGUUUGUUAACUUUAUUCUUAAGAGAUCUACCGGAACCUGUAUUGGAAACCAGUGAAAUCAUAUCACGUUUUGAACAAGCAGCUUCGACCAAAGAAGUUGCACAAAGGGAAUCCCAAAUUGCGGAAUUGACACAACAAUUACCUGAAUGCAAUCGAGUUCUUCUCGCCUGGGUUAUUUUACAUUUAGACCAUAUUACAAUGUGUGAAAAAACAACAAAAAUGAACGCUCAAACAAUUGCAAUGACAUUGAGUCCUGUUUUGCAAAUGAGCCAUCGUUUAUUAUUGGCAUUAUUGUUUCAUUGCAAAGCUCUUUUUCCCAAUAUUCAAUUGUCAAAAUACAUUCCUCCACUUUCGGCUGGCAGCAAUUGUUUGCCCGAUAAUGCCGAAAGCAUAGCGGCUGAAUUAGCAAAACAAGAAUCACUACUUUCGCAAAUUCAUAUGCAAAUGAAUGCAGGUUUUGUGACAAAAUCCAGAGAAGAACAAUUGUGGGAAGUGCAGCGUAUGAUUACGCAAUUGAAGAGAAAGUAUAAGACAGUACAAAAAUUGGAGGGCACGGUUCAAAAAAGUAUCGACGAAGAAACAAAGUCCAAUGACGAAAUUAAUGCAGAAUGUAAACAAACAUUGAAACCAAAUUCGGAAGAUGAUUUAAAACAAGCACAAGUUCAAGUCCAAUCUGAAAGUGUUUCGAAAAAUCUAUCGAGAAACAGUGAUAAUUUAAAAGAAAGCAGAUCAGGAUUAAUAGACAGUAAAACAUCCUCACUGGAUAAAGAUACAGUCGAUCAUGUUGAAUCGAGCUCAAUUAGUCAAGUUGGUGCUCAAGAAAUUAGUAAAUCGGAAACGAAUGAAAAGGUGCCAGAACCAAUAGUAGAGAAUCCACUUGAUAAACUGCGGGAAAAUUUAAUACACGAGGAACUUUUGAAUAUGAAGACAUCAUUAAAGACAAGAUUAAUUCAGGAGAAACUUGAGAUUGAAAGGCUAUUAGAAAUGAUUGCAGAUCGAGGAAGCAAGGAGACAAAAUCAAGGGACAAAAAUCACACACCCAACGAUCUUGAUGUAGCAGCUAUUAUUCAAUUAACAAGCGAAAAUCAAUUAUUAGAGAAAAAAAUGACAACUUUAAUUCGCAGUAUUGUUGAGGAGAAAGAUGCGUGCGUAGAAUUACGCGUUCAAUUAGCUUUACAUCAGCUAAUGUUAAAAAAUAAUGUAAAUAAUAUUAAGCAAAUUUAAUUCUGUGCCUGAAAGAAGAGAAAAACGAAAAUUAUAACUAAAUUAUAGUGCUGUGUACUAUUCGAUUAGGCACAGUGUACAAAUUUGAUUUUUAAUUUUUAAUUUCAUUACACGAAAGAUCUGUUUAUAGCAUUUUGAUUCUUUGACGUUUUUUUUAUCAAAAACACUAGAUUUAUAUUGAUUUUAAUUUAAUUUUAUAUACAAAAUAUGUGAUUAUAUUUUCAAUAAUGUAUUGUACACUUUUAAAAUUUAAUUAUUAUUAUAAUUAAUUAUAUAUUGUAUUAAAUCAAAUGAGGUCGAUAGUUUAAUAUGGACUGGAAAGGAUAAUAAAUAUUAUAUUUGAAAGAAAA